GUUACAUUUAAAAGUUCAGUACAUUUACAGUUCUCGCCGAAACAUUAUGUUGAUUAUUCAUAUUUGCGAUAAAAGGAAAAAUUUGCUUUUGGCAGUAAUAAUAAUUAAUAAUAAUUUUAUACCAUAAUAAUUAUAUGCUGUUUUACAACUUAUCUAAUAACACCGCGUUUAUACUUUAAAUCAAGUAUUAUGGGACCCAUUCCGACCUUCGGAAAUCUUCCUCUACAACAUGAAAUUGAUUUUAUAGCAAACGAGAUUCUUAUAGAAAAUAAUAAUCUUGAAUAUAUAGAUGAUAUUAUUGACGAUGAUAAUACAUGGAACAGUGAUGACUCUAGAGAAAAUAGAAAUGAAAAUUAUGGAUUAUCAUACAUGUUAUUUACACCUACUCUCGAGAAUUUAAAAAAUGUUUUGUACGACGCAUUAAAUCCAUAUUUCGAGGAAUUUGAAAUUGCGGUGGUUAGCUGUCCUUGUCUAACCAGAGCGCCGUAUAAUCUUGCCGCAGCUGGACUAUCCGGUAACACGGGCAUUUUGGAGUUGGGUGAUUUUGAUAAUUUUUAUCCAAGACCGCGGACGAAUUUCGCAUUCAACAUUCAAGAUAUAUUAUCAAGAUAUAACUACGAUGUUUUUGUUAUUGGAUCAGGUUUUGCGACACAACCAUCUAUGCCUUAUAAUGGACACCUUACUAUGAACGCGGUAGUCUCGACAAAUCACAGAAAUAUUAUUAAUAAUAGUUGUAUCGCUUUUAAAAGGGAUAACGAGUUUAGAGUUGUAAAUAUCAACGGUCACAAUCAAAUAAAAUGCUGUUUAUUUGGCCAUUUUUUUUUCAGUGAAGGUAAACGAGGACCGGUGAUCAAAAUACGCGCUAAAGGUCGUAGAUCAAGGUCUAACAUAAUACUAUUAAUACAAAACGCUUUGUCAAACCUCUGUCAGCGUGAGCAAAUAAUUGGUUUAGGUAUCGUACUCGUACUAAACGGAGGAAAAACGGCUCAAUUUAUUUUACCACAUGAUUUUAUAAACUAUGAUUAUAAUGAAGGCGAGCAUUGCCAUCACCGAUGUAGACCGUAUGCGUUAGACUGCGAAAAUUUAAUAGCUCUGGGGGCAAUAAAUAGCGAACCAUCACUUCCAGAAGAAUAUAACCGAGGGGUGAUCUUGGAAAAUAUCCAUAGCAUGUUUAAUAUUUUCCGCAAUUCUAAAUCCGGCGGAAAUUUCUUGAAUGAUGUUACACCAGAAGAGACAGAGUACAUUGUUUACAUCAAUAUAGCGCAAGAACAUUGUUACACAGAUUUAUUGCGAUUUAUUGUGAAUUAAUGUGAAAGAUUAAUGUGACAAUUAUUUUUAUUCUUAAUAUAAAAUCAAGUUCGUUUUAUUAAAGCGCUAUGUAUUGUAAGUAACUGACGUAAGAUGUUAUCUUAAAAUAUUCGUGACGAAGAUAUAUCUAGGUUCGCAUAACUACAAUCUCUUUUAUUUUAGAACGCAACAAAUCGCAAUUCUUAUUAACAUUUUGAUAUACUGACUAACUAGUAGUUCAACUAGUCUAUGUUCCUGUUCCGAUUAUCUUUGAAAAAAAGAUAAAUUUUUCUAUAAAAACAAAAAAAUAUAAUUUUACAAAAUACUAUAAUAUAUAUUAUAUGUACUCAUAUAUUUUGCGCAACAUACAUAUAUAUAACUAAAUUUACAUUUUUUACUUCAUUACUUUUUAAAGUAUA